AUGCCUACGCGCAAUCCCCGGAAGUUCAAGGAACGCAUUUACGGCAGCGACGAAGCACGAGACCAGGCGGUCGCAUCCCUCCAGGCGCUGCUACAGGAUAAGCUUAUUGGUAAGCCCUCGACUGACUGUGAGUAUAUUGUUGUUGAGGGAAGCGAAGCGACGUUGACGAGUGCCAAAACGAACGGGAAAAUAAAUCCGGAAAAAGCCUGCGAGGAGUUAAAGCGAUUUUUGGAAUCGAGGAAAGGUAUGUGCGUACAUGUUCAUAUAAAAUUGCCGAGAUGCAACUUGAAUGACGAAGAGAUUAUUGGAAUUUUGGAAGUGUUGGUGACGCACGGAAAGGCCCGGCUGAGCUCGCUGGAGUCUCCGGGGAAUAACAUCACGGAUGGACUUUGCGAUUGGCUCUCGCGGGAAGUAGAGAAGAGCUCUGGCAAGAUGUUUAGUGCGGUGAAAGAAAUUGAUCUGUCAUAUAAUUAUUUGACCGCAGUUGGAGUUGGUAAGCUCGUGAAGGCUUGCCCUGGAUUGGGACAUUUAGAUUUGAUGCGGCGGAAAGGGAGGAUGCCGGUCCAACAGGCCCGUAUACGGCGCCACCAGAUUCGAGUGGUAAUUCUUCGGAGUCGACGAGAGCACCCUUGGGCCGUCCUAGAUUCUCCCCGAGUGACGUUGCUGCUCUCGCCCAAUCACAACUGUGUUGGUGGGAGCGAGCAGACGGUGGCGGAUUUGCUGGAUACGUUGAAGAAGUUUCUUGAGACGCAUAAGGCGGAGUCCGCUGCUACUUCGGGUGAAGAGCCUGCUGGACAGCCACAGACGGCGGAGGCGUAUGGGAGUGAUGCUAAGGAGGAGCAGCGCAUGACGAUGGAGGAGAUGGAGGCGAAUUUGUUCAACUCGUUAAGGAAGGAUGAUCAGAUGGUGAGUAUUCAUGGAGAUCGGGAGAGUGUCGAAGGAGUGACGGAGGAAGUGACGGAGCUUAUCACGGUGCUGGCGAAACGUGUUCGGGAUGAGAAGACCAGCAAGGAAGCGGCUACGCAAGCGGCGGCCGAGUUCAAGGCAGCAGUUUUGGCGAGAGCGAAUGCGGGAAUUCAUAGUGUGGGUGUAGCUAAGCAGGAGCCGACCGCCACUGAAUACGAGAGCUCCCCAGCUUCUCCCGAGGACUUGAGGGGGGAUGAGGCCGUCAGUUCGAAUGAGAUGAACUCGGAGAAAGUUGGUAUGGAAAGGGACAGAAAGCAGACCAAUCGUCUAGGGAGGAAUGACGAUGCGGCGGACGAUUUUGAAGGGUCUGCAGAGUUCAUUUCAGCUAAAGAGUCUGAAGCUGGAUCGAUGUGA